AUGAAUUGUUGCUCCACAGCAGCCAGUUCAGAAAUUUCCAUUGACGCAAGUUCAUCGACAUCGUCGACAUUGAUGAAGCCCGCCGUAAAUGCCACGAAGGUCAAUAACAAUUUGCUGACGCAUACCAACAAAUACGAUAACAUUGAAACAACAUUUGCCCGCUGCCCGGAAAUUGAUAUCGAAUUUGAAAAUAUUCGCUAUACGGUGAGGAAAUUCUCAUUUGCCGAAAAGAAAUUUGUCUCAAAAGAAAUUCUCCAUGGCAUUAAUGGUUCGUUUCGUUCCGGCGAACUGACGGCUAUAAUGGGACCCUCCGGAUCGGGAAAAAGUACUCUGCUGAAUGUUAUGACGGGAUUUAGAUGCUCGGGCGUCACAGGCAAUGUCCGCGUCAAUGGCACACCGAUUGCCACCACAUCACAGAAAUUUCGUGAACUUUCAUGUUACAUACAUCAGGAUGAUUUAUUGCGUCCACAACUGACCGUGGGUGAGGCAAUGAUGCUGGCCACCCAUUUGAAGCUGGGUUUUAAUAUCUCGAAACAGGAAAAGGUGAAGUUGGUGAAACACAUUCUGUCCCUAUUGGGUCUGGAUCAUCGUUAUAAUGUCAAGGCGGGAAAAUUAUCGGGUGGCCAAAAGAAACGCCUGGCCAUUGCAUUGGAGCUGAUUAGCAAUCCAUCGGUGUUAUAUUUGGAUGAACCAACAACUGGCCUCGACAGUUCCUCGUGCAGUCAAUGCAUUAGCCUGCUCAAAAAAUUGGCAGCCCUGGGUCACACAAUUGUCUGCACCAUACACCAGCCGUCGGCUUUGAUUUUCGAAAUGUUCGAUAAACUAUAUACCGUGGUGGAGGGCCAUUGUAUGUAUCAGGGUCCCGUCAAGGAAUUAAUACCCUUUUUGGCCGAUCAAAAUCUCAUGUGUCCCAGUUAUCACAAUCCAGCAGAUUUUUUACUGGAAGUGGCUGUCGGUGAUUAUGAACGUGAUUUGGAGAAAUUAAUCAAUGCCGCCAAUAAGAAAUAUUUUGAAGAUUCCGAUCUCAAUCAAUUGAAUCGUGUAACACGGCUAAUAAGACAAAUGCAGGUUGAAAAUGUCGAUAUGUCUCAUCACUUGAGUGGCAGUGGAAAAAAUCUACCCAAAACCUUUAACAUUGACAUGGACACUAGUCUAACAUCGAAGAAGAAGUCGAACUUUCCAGCAUUUGAUGAUUACACGAAACCGGUUGUAAUUAACAAUGACAUGGUCUUGGAGGAAAUGAAAGCCCUUGCGGCCAGCAGUGGUAAUAAAACGAAGUCAUCCGGAACGCCAGAAGAUUGCGGCAUGGAAAUGCCACAUGAAAAACAGCCAUUGAACAAAACCGAAACGACAACAACAACAACCAUCACGACACACACCUUUGAUACCGAAAACUUUACUAAGGCCUCAUUUUUUAUGCAAUAUCUGCUGUUGAUGAAUCGCAUUUUCAUUUGUGCGAAACGAAGUAGUGUAA